UAAUAAUGAUAAUCAAACUUUUGAGGUGAAUUUCAGCUGCGUGCGACGAGACGCGAAGCUUCGACUAUGCCUUCGCCUUGUUGCCCUCUGAACUGGGCUUUUGUCGUCGUCAUAUAUGUUGGAGAUGCACUCUUUGGUUUCUCUAGCGCUGCUGUUUGGGGCACCGGCAUAGUGGAGAAAAUCCUGCUGGGAAUGAUGAACGACACUGAAUUGCUAGAAGUCGGCGCAGAAAACUUCCACGUGCACAUGUCGUCGCUGGCGCUAGCAUCCAGUGUACUCUACAGCUUGACAGGCAUUUCCUCGAUGAUUGCUGCUCUAGGCGUCAUGUCGGGUUUCUACGAACUUCAAAUUCAUCACUUGAUCAUAUCAUUCAUUAGGUUCGUUGGGACGAUUUUCAUAUGCGAACUGGUCAUAUCUAUUCAAUACAAUACAUUCAUCUACGUAUGUUCGAGGAUAAUUUUGUAUGGAUGCGGCUUCCUCAACCUGGUUCUUCUAUUCGUCAUAUACGCAUCGUUGGCUGCGGAGUAUCAGCGAUGCAUGGAGGAAAUAGAUGGGCAAGUAGAGCCCGAAAUACGACCGCUGACGCUGCUCUUCUCGAGGUGCCUGGGCUCUCGCUCGCGUUCGUCGCUUUGUAGACGAAGACCGAGCAGCUCUGAAGAUGCUCUGGAAGUAAAUUUCGAUGCAACUGAUGGCCAGGUCUCUUCGGGUAACAAUCUGAACCUGCCGAAACAGGAUCUGCAUCCAUCUCCAGCUCCUGGACGGCGACAGGAAAGCCUUGCUCGUUCUGUUACUGAGGAUUUGGAAGCAUCAGAUUUUCAAGAACAUGUUGAUGGCCGCAGUGAUCACGUCAAUGUGGCAAAUGAUGGCGAACACAGAACCCCGGCAGCAGAGACAGACAGCCAGACUAGUCGUGGCAGUCAAACUGACGAAGAGUCUCAAAGAGAUGAACAGGAGGAUCCUCUUGUACGUGGAUGAAAACACCCAGAAUGAAUAUUAACAAGUAAUUAAAUUAUAUGUUGAUCGUUGAUAAAUUAUACAGAAUUUUCC